UCUUCGAUUUACACAGAGCCCCAUACUCCGCAUCCAUUUAUCGAUUCCCGAAGCAUCCGAGACUUUGUUCAUUACACAACACAGCCCGAUAUUCUCAAUAACAUCUCACAACUCAAAAUGGUUUCACGAGUAUUGGGUAUGGGCCUUCGCGCCUUCCAGCUUAUCUGUGCUAUCAUUGUUACAGCCAUGGCUGGCAACAACAUUGCACGCGCAACCAACGGAACACACUCGAUCAUCAACUACACGUUGUUCGUUGGUGUCUGGUGGCUGUUCACACUGCUGUACUUCCUUCCCACCGCGUUCAUCGACAAGUUCGCCAUUCCCAUUGUUGAUAUGGUCAUGGACGGUCUGAGCGUUCUGUUCGGCUUCUGCGCUGCUGUUGCGCUUCCCGCCUACCUAGGAGCUCACAGCUGCUCCAACAGGAACUACACGGCUUUCAACGGUGUCACCAACAGCUCGCCUAACCUUGAGCAGAACUGUCGCCAGGCCCAGACCGCCACUGCAUUCCUGUGGUUUGGCUGGUUCGCCUUCGUCGCUACACUCGUUUUCUCUGCCAUGGCCGGUAAGGGUGGCGCUGUUCGUGGUGGAAUCCGCCGUGGCGGCCCCUCUAUGAGCCAGGUCUAGGAAGCCAACGCCUGUAACGUCUACUCGGAUUCUUCGUGGAAUACGCGAACAGACUGCAGCGAGGUUUAGUGUCGGAUGGACGCGGAACAUGUAAUGAGGAUGGCAGGUCUGCCCUGUGCUAUGUUCUAAGGGGUGUAUAUGUAUUAUAUUGAUGAUGGACAUGAUUUGGCAUCGCGCAAGACGCAGAUGUGUACGGUUGGAUCAGGAACAUCCAGAAACAUGGGUUACGGUCACGGCGUUCAGCGAACAUGGCUGUCUUGAUCACUAGGAAUUUACGAUUUACUUCAAUUCCUGACACUUAUGUUUGUGAUUAGCUUUCCCUCUCCUCAAUCAGUAUCCAGAUUCGAUCUGCUCUA